CAAACGUCACUCAAAAGUGAUUUCAACCAGCAAAAUGUCAUACGCAUUAUUAAAUUUAUGCAAACGUAAUAUUAACUGCAUUACUAGAGCGAUUCACAAUAAAUGUAGGAUUGGUUGCAGGGAUGUGGUUGGUCAUGGCGUCAACGGCAGCGCGACAUAUCGAGAUGACCCUCUCUUUCCAUUCCCUAGUGUGAGGUUCAAAGAGAAUACAAAGGAUAUCAGUGCUCUACGUGAGAAAGAGAAAGGUGAUUGGAGACAGUUAUGCUGCGAAGAGAAGAAGUCACUCUACCGAGCAUCUUUCUGCCAGACGUUCGCGGAGUUCCAAGCCCCAACUGGCACUUGGAAGUUUAUAGCUGGCUGGGUGGUGAUAGCUACUUCUUUCGCUUGGUGGUUUGUCAUGUAUUUUCACUAUUACGUGUACGAGCCACUCCCCGCGUCGUUUUCUAAGCUAGCUCAGAAAGCACAAUUGCGAAGAAUGCUGGAGCUCCGCGUGAAUCCGAUAGACGGAAUAUCCUCUAAGUGGGAUUAUGACAACGACAAAUGGAAGGACUAAACUUGUGGACCUUAAUAUUUACGACUGAGGAUAAUUUCUAAUUUGGUACACUUAUAAUUUCUCUUCAAUAAAUUGAAUUAAACGAUAA